AAACAUUGACCUAGUCUUCUUCGUCGUAAUAUUAUCACGUACCUAAAAUUACGACUCAGCCUCAUAUAUUGCAGCUUAUAUAUAUCUCUCUCUUCACAAACCCUGAUUAAAAUCCAUAACUUGUUUAGAAUUUCAAAGAAAAACUUCCCUCAAAAAAUCAACAAAGAAAAUUCGCAGGAAAACUUCCCUAAAAGAAAAAGAAAGAAAUCGCAGAAAAAAGAACAAAAAAAAAAAAACAAGAUUUUUUUUUCAGGGAUAAGAAGAAAAGUUAGAAAAAAAUGACAGCAGGAUUACUUGAAGUAUUAGUUGUAUCAGCUUGUGGGCUUCCAAAACUUGAUUUUUUGACAGACAAAAUAGAUCCCUAUGUUUUGGUUAAUUACAAAGGCCAAGAGAGAAAGACUCGUAUUGCAAGAGGACAAGGAGGUAACCCAGAAUGGAACCAGAAAUUCACAUUCAGGGCGGAGUACCCAGGCUCAGGGAGUGACUACAACAUCAAUCUCAAGAUCAUGGACCAUGAUACCUUUUCUUCUGAUGAUUUCAUUGGUGAAACUAUGAUUCAUGUGGAGGAUCUACUGGCUUUAGGAAUGGAUAAUGGUUCUUAUGAAAUGAAUUCUACCAAGUUUAGAGUGAUUGGCAGUGACCAAAAAUACCGUGGUGAGAUCAAAGUUGGCGUCAAAUUUACCAAGACAUCAAAUGACGAUGAUGAUGAAGAGGAGAUUGGAGGAUGGAAGGAUAGUUACGGUGAUGAGUAACUAGCUUCCUUCAUUCAUCAGUUAUUGAUGAAUUAUUUGGAUGAUGUUAAUCUCAUUUAUUUAUUCAUUUGUAUAUAUAUAACUUAAGUGUGUAUAAUUUUUGGCUAGUCUUUACAUUUUGGUCUUAUAAUUGAAGCUCAAUUAGCUUCUUGGUGUGUUAUUGAGUUCUCCUCAUAUGAUUUGAGAUAGAAUUUAGAGUUUAGUAGUGAAUUGUACUUUAGUCAAUCUAAGUAUGUAGAGUUUUGAUUCAAUUGAUUUUUUAAGCUUAAAAAGGCUAGAAUUUCCAACAUAAUGGAGUGAUUAAUCUUGUUGGAAUUAUCCAAUUGUACAAGUUUUUUUUUCUUCCA